AUAUUCGGAUUAAAUAUACUCGGUGAUGUAACGGGAAACAAAAAUAAUUGCUUCUACGUAAGCGCCAUACACAAAUUUGUGUACACCUAUAAAGUAAAUAAACGCCGUAUUUAAUACGUGUCAUUAAGCUGUUUUAAAACUUGGAAUACAUUUUAUCUCCUUUAAGUUAUUGCAGCUAAAAAUGGGAACCGUCGAGCAAGUGGAUGCUGGUGACCGUAACGAACUAGAUGAAGUGGCUGAGAUCAGAGCAGAAUUGCAAGAAAUUCGUUUAACGCAGGUCCAGACGAAUAAAGACAUGAUGAAGAAAAUACAGGAUACCUACGCCAUUAUUAUAGAAGCGAUGAAAUUGCAAGGACUUUUUCCAGUCGAAAAAGGACAAGAGCUACAAGACGAAGCACAUGGGACUGAAAAAGAUAAUGGACAGAAAGGUGAAAAUGAUAACAAGAAAGAACAUGCUAUAGAUGAUGAAUACGAAUCAGAAGUUGAAGCAAAAGACCCAGAGGGAGAAAAUACACAGGAAGAAGAAGACGAUACUAUUGCACACUGGAAGAAACGUGCUCUCGAUGCUGAAUCUAAAUUGGCAGCAAUGGAGGAGCACGUGGCGUGCGCGGAGCUGGGGACGCAGAUGGCACACCUGGACAGGCAGCUGGCCAGCGCGCGCCACCGCCUCGAGAGCUGCGACCAGCUGCCGGAACACCCGGGGACGGCCGACGAGAAGUUCAGCGGAGGCGGAGGGUCGCAGUCGCCGGUCGCGGACGAGUUUGAUGAAUCAGCUAGCCAGACUCCAGAAGAUGGUGCUGAGCAGUCAGCAGGACUCAUGCCUACAAGGAGCACUGAAUCUGAACUGAAGAAGCAGCUGGCGAGGCAGCAGCACCAGUUGAACCUCCUCUCGCAGAGGAACGCCCUGCUGGAGCGACAGCUGCAGCUGAAGGCAAAGCAGCUCGACAACUGCGACGAGAAGCUGCUGGCCGCGGGCUACACCGUGGAGCAGGUCAUAGACGAAAUGGAUGAGACAGAAUAAUGUGACUCUAUAUCUCAAUCGCCACUUCAACACUACGGACAGAUACAUUUUUCUCAUCCCACCUGAAUAUGAAGUGAGAAGAUACUGAGCGACAUGGCAUGUGAUACCUAAGAAGAUUCUGCAUGUCUUGUACUACUUACUCUCGAGAGUUGUUCAUCUUACAUUUAACUGAUUUGGACUCUUUUGACAGAAUGCAAAAUUUAAUUGUUUACUAUAAUUCAACAUGGAUAAAUAAUUAACAGUAUUUACAAAAAAAAAAAUUUUUUUAUUUGUAAAUUUAUUAGAAAAUUUUAACAACUCUGAUGUUUUUUAAACGACAUUCAUUGAUAAAAAUUAAGAAAAUGUUAACUCUCAAAAAUUAUUUAAAAAUGUUUCUCUCAUAUUGUUUAUGUAUUUCAUUUUAAACUUGAGGUUUUUGUAUUUGAGUAUUGUAUGUCAAGUGAGUGUAAACGUAAACUGUAAUUGGAUUAAUCACAUAAAAAUUAAAAUAUAUUUAUUCAACAGC